GCUAGGUUUGCUGUCGGGCUCAUUCCUGAAAAUUUCAACUUUGAUUCACACCACAGAAAAUUAUCUGCUAUUACAAAUUUUAUUCCAAAAUGCAGAGGAAUUUUAUUACUAAAUUUCGCCCCCUAUUGCGUGAAGUCAAUGGGUGUAACUCUCUUGCACCCAUGCUUAUAUUGAAUCGUUCGAUUCAGCCAUCGCCGAUUGAUAUGAACAAAUGUGGUGGUGGUCCUGGAAAGCUAACACCCAAGAUGGCCAAGCUGCAGAAGCAAUUUCAGGAAAACGACGGAAAACCCGUAUUCCUCAAGGGUGGAGGCAUGGACAAUAUUCUGUACAGACUCACCCUUUUGCUCUGCCUCGUGGGUACACUUGGCGAUAUAUAUCUAUGGUUCGGCUAUAUAUUGGCCUGAGCUACUAGAUAAUGUUUAAUUAUGGCUGCCUACAAUCAGAUGGACUUAAGCAGCCAUUCAAUUCCUAUAUAAUUACACACACUAAUUAUAUAUUUAGUACACGUUGAUGAAGCUCAACAUGAGGUAAUGUUACUGUUUAGUAAAUAUCAGAAACAAAUUUAAUCAUUUUGAUGUCACAAACGUUCCCGCAAUUUACAUUAUUAAGACUGCAGCAUUUCAUUCAGUGCGAAUAAAAUUUACAUUUGCAUUGAA